CUAAAUUUGCCGAUAGAGUCAAUGAAUAUACAAUAGAAUUUAUGAAAUACGUCCCUGAGGAGCGCAGAGCAGCUGUUUCGGAGAAAAAGGAUAAAGCUGUAUCCACAUUCACAGCAAAAAUUGACAAAAUGGCUUCUAUCACCGCUAUUAAAUACAAAUAUGCAAUUCAGAAGAGACACAACAAGUUGAUUGCUUUCCAUGGAAGGAUCGUCAAUGCAGCACUAAAAUGCUUCCAAACUCGAUCUGAGAAAAUUGCUCAAUUCAAGAAGGCACUUACCGGACGGAUCAAAGAGUAUUUUGCUCAUUUCAAGAAAGUUAUGAGUAAACUCAACGAGAAAAAGGUUAAAGUUUAUCGCUGUCUUUUAUAUAAGAUGCAUGGUGAGUUAACAUUAUUAACGCUACGUUUCGCUAACAUUUUACAUUAUUUUUAACAAUAUUUUUGAUUUUUUAGGAUCAAAAACCUGGCAAAAAGAAAUUGUCGACGCUGUUGUGAAUGAAUAUAAAACCAAAUUAUCAAACAAACUUGAUGUCACU